GGUGGGGCUUCGGACCGGGCCGGGCUCCGAGUGCGAGGUCUCAGGCUGGGGAGCGAAGCGGGAGGCCCCUCUACGGCUUGAGGUCCCGCUCCGAAAAUCCCAACAAUAGCGUAGACUCCACCUCGUUUCACCCUCCUCCCCGGCUAGUGGAGGUUCGCCCCGGUACUCGUCGUCUUUCCAUUCCCACUGCCCUCGCGAGUCCGGGAGGCAGGGCCAGACAGAGCUACGAGCGGCAGGAGAGGGGCAGCAGGAUGAAUGUGGGCACAGCUCACAGUGAAGUGAACCCCAACACGCGGGUGAUGAACAGCCGCGGCAUCUGGCUGUCCUAUGUGCUGGCCAUCGGGCUUCUCCAUGUCGUGCUGCUCAGCAUCCCCUUUGUCAGCGUUCCUGUUGUCUGGACCCUCACCAACCUCAUUCACAACAUGGGCAUGUACAUCUUCCUGCACACGGUGAAGGGGACACCUUUUGAGACUCCGGACCAGGGCAAGGCAAGGUUGCUAACCCACUGGGAGCAGAUGGACUAUGGGGUCCAGUUCACAGCGUCUCGGAAGUUCUUAACCAUCACACCCAUUGUGCUGUACUUCCUCACCAGCUUCUAUACCAAGUACGACCAGAUCCAUUUCAUCCUCAACACUGUGUCCUUGAUGAGCGUGCUCAUCCCCAAGCUGCCCCAGCUCCACGGAGUCCGGAUCUUUGGAAUCAAUAAGUACUGAGGGUGCAGCCCCUUCCCCUGCCUGGCAUGGUGGGGGAGGGGUGGAAGCUUGUGCUGGGAUGCUGAAGACAAGAAGAGCCUCUGGAUCCUGCUAGAGAUGGGGGUCAAGCCUCUGGGCCCUAGUUCUCCCCUCACUUCCCCCGUAGCCGACUUGAAGUAGCUUGUAGUGGGGUUCGGUUGGGCCCCCCAGGUCUCUGACCCUUUCUGAUUUUUUUGAUCUUUUUCUUUUGCCUUUUGGAUAGAGACUUCGUGGGGACGGUCAUGGGAUGGGCUGGGCUCCCGGCUGAAUGCAGACCUAUGAGGUUGGGACAAGAGAAACCCCCUGCUCACUUGCUCAUCCUCGGACUGCUAAAGCACUUUAACCCCUGCAAGGGGAGCAGGGGGAUGGUACAGCUUCUAGACGGUUUCACUUUAAUUCUUAAACCUUUAGGAUGACCUCAGUGUGUGCUCUUAUAUAUAAAAGCAAAUACGUGAUGGUGCCUCAUCCAUCUGGGUAGAGAACUGUCUUGCAAGUCUCAUCAUGCUUCUGGCAGCUCCCCUACAGCCCACCCUGGUACUGGAUUGGAGUGGGGAGGGGAAGGAGAGAGGUGGUGGGGCUGGGUGUGGAUGGCCUGCUCCCAGAGGCGAGGGGGCCAUGGCCACUCUCACCUUGGCCCUGGUGAGGUGGGGAGGGUGGUUGGGGGAGGGUGGUUGGGUCAGGGGUGGGGAUGAUGAAUUGAGACCUGGAAGAAGGGGCCACAUAGCAGCAGAGACUGGUGUUAGGAAGGAGGAUGGGAAUAGAAGUCAGACCUAAUCUCAGCCUUUGGGAAGUGGUGAGGAUGGGGGCAGGCUCAGAGUUAAUCUCCCUAUGCAUGGUUGUGAUAAUAGGAUGGUGAUAAUAGGACGAGAGGCUGUGGGGGGGUUAAGGAUCCUGGGUUUUUGUGAGGGGUGGUGGGGGUGGAAAAGGCCUGUGAGUCCUUGUAGCACAGGUCCCGUUUGACACUGCCUUAUGCAGUGGUGUGAGGGGUGUGGGGAAGCUGGGACAAAUGAUGAGUGAUAGGGUCCUUCUGCAGCCUCCACCUUGUAACCUCCUGAUGCAGACUGGAGCUGGUGCAGGGCCUCUUGUGUGGCAUGUACCUGUGGGGUUCUGGGGCCACCCCCAAAUGGGGUGGGUGGGCCACGGAAUGGUCCCUGCUCAAGCAGGAUGGUGGAAGGAGCCACAAGUUACCUGUAGGCGCUGUCUCCUUAGCCUGGGGGCUGGAGAUGUGGAGCAGGAGCCAGAGGGUGGGUGAAGAGGAGCCGCCCCUUCUCCCUUUCCUGGUCUGACCAGGGUCUGUGUUACUUUGAAAAAGGUGUGGGUGCCUGUGCCCCCUCCCAGGGCCCUGAGGGAGGAGAGGAGGUCAUUGGUCCCAUUUUCUGCCUCCUGGUUCCCCGCCCCCCGCACCCCAUGUAUCAUAGGGAACUUUCACCUCAAAAUCUUUCUAAGCAAUGUGUGAAUAGGAUUUUUACUCCCUUUGUACAGUAUUCUGAGAAACGCAAAUAAAGGACAGUGUGUUCCUGUUUC